AUGAGCAACACACCCGAACGUCCUUUGGGCGAAAUAGUUGCCAACACAAGCCCAGCACCAUGGCCUUCAAAGGAGAUUACCAUGCAAGGCAAAUACGUUACUCUGGAACCUCUAUCACCAAAAUACGCCGAAGAACUAUUUCCACUUAUCGGAGGCACCGCCAAUGAACGACUUUGGGACUAUAUGCCCUACGACCCCUGCCCAGCUACAGUCUCGGCUCUCCACGACGACAUGGUCAAUAAAGCCGCGGCUACAGACCCAACCUUCUACACCAUCCUCAAGCACGUCGGCGACAAAAAGCAAGCAGUAGGCUGGGGCUCCUACCUCCGCAUCGAGCCCAAAAAUCGCGUCAUUGAAGUCGGACACUUGAUGUUUUCAUCCGCACUGCAAAAGUCUGUUGCUGCGACUGAAGCCAUGUACUUGAUGGCCAAGUAUGCGUUUGAAAUGGGAUACCGCAGAUACGAGUGGAAGUGCCACAGCUUGAAUGCGCCGAGCAGGAGAGCAGCGGCCAGAUAUGGGUUUGUGGAGGAAGGAACGUUUAGGCAGGCGCUGAUCGACAAGCAUGGGAGGAAUAGGGAUACGACUUGGUUUUCCAUGUUGGAUACAGAGUGGGAGGGUAGGAAGAAGGCUUUUGAGAGUUGGCUGGACGAGAGCAAUUUUGAUGAGCAGGGUAGGCAGAAGAAGAAGUUGGAAGAGUUUAGGGCAUGA